UUCUUCUUCACUUUUUUUUUUUUUGAUAAUGUAUCCUGUCAAUCCAAUUUAUCAAAUGCAACAUACUACUCCUUCACAAAAUUGUGAUAUGAAUUAUUAUUCUGAUAAUUCCUCUUUGAUUCUUAAUGAUUGUUUUCCCAAUCCUGAUUAUAUGAUGAUGAUGUCGUUGAUGAAUCAUCCUGCUUCCAAUUAUCAUCAAGAUUCUUUUCAUUUUUCAUUGAAUGGAUAUCCUUCUUUUUUACCUGAAACGAUGUCUCCUAUUGAUCAACAACAAACAACUGGUUGUUCAACUUUAUGUCGAUGUGUAUCACAACAGUCUAUAUAUUUAUCACCAGCAACAAAUCAUCAUCCUCUUCCUGUAUCACCCAUUUUAUCCAUGACCUCAUCUUCUCCCUCUCUUUCGAAUGACAGUUCUUUGGAAAAUGAUUAUAUCCUUCAACAGAUGCUAUCGCCACCAUCAUCACCUAUGCCAAAUUUUGAAUUCAGUAAGAUCAAUCAUCAUGACAUUAUCAUACAUCAAGAAGAUAUCAGCAAGAAGAAAAAAGUGAUAGAAAAGACCGUUAAAAAACAACACAAGAACAAGAUCAAUGUACAACAACAAGGUCAUUUUGAAUGUGAUUAUGAAGGAUGCGGCAAAGUAUUUGGAAGGAAAUACAAUCUCAGUUCUCAUCGUAUUACUCAUACUGCGGAACGCAAUUAUGCAUGUCAAGUAUGCUCCAAGACAUUUGUCCGUCGUCAUGAUUUGAAACGUCAUGCUCGAAUCCAUACUGGUGAAACUCCUCAUAAAUGUCUUUACUGUCAUCGUGGUUACGGUCGUGCUGAUGCUCUUCAACGUCAUUACAGUGUCCAUCCUGUUUGCUCCAUCAAAUUAAAACAAGAUCCUCUCAAUCCUUUUCAUCUUCGUCGUAAACGUAAGGUUCACCCUACUGGUUUUGGUGUCAAAUCUUAGUUUUAGAUUCCUCCUCUCCUUUUUUUUUUUUUGCAUAGUUCUCUUGUAUUUUUUUUUUUCUGUCUCACUCUCUCUCACACUCUACCUUUUUAUAUAUAUAUACAUAUAUUUUUUUUUAUUUAUUUAUUUAUAUAUUUCACCUUUAUGAUUAUGAUUCUUAUACCCUUCAUACUCUUAUAUGCUCUUUAUUUUUUUUUU